GGGCGGAGGUGACGGUCAUCUGAUCUGCAGCGGCCUUGGAGGCCCAGACACCGAAGACUGAGGCUGUGAUGGCGGCAACCGUGGUAUCUUGGAUACGAAUGGGGACACGGCGGUCCCCGGUCCAGUGGCUGCUUCUGUCGUUGGUGGCAGUGGCGGCGGCAGUGGCCGCGGAGCAGCAGGUGCCACUGGUACUGUGGUCGAGUGACCGGGACCUGUGGACUCCUGUGGCCGACACACAUGAGGGCCAUAUCACCAGCGAUAUGCAGCUUUCUACUUACUUAGACCCUGCGCUGGAGCUGGGCCCCCGCAACGUACUGUUGUUCUUGCAGGACAAGCUAAGCAUUGAGGAUUUCACAGCAUACGGUGGUGUGUUUGGAAAUAAGCAAGACAGUGCCUUUUCUAACCUGGAGAAUGCCCUGGACUUGGCCCCCUCCUCACUGGUGCUUCCUGCAGUGGACUGGUAUGCAAUCAGCACUCUGACGACCUACCUGCAGGAAAAGCUUGGAGCUAGUCCCCUGCAUGUGGAUCUAGCUACACUAAAGGAGCUGAAACUCAAUGCCAGCCUCCCUGCUUUGCUGCUCAUCCGCCUGCCCUACACAGCCAGCUCCGGUCUGAUGGCGCCCAGGGAGGUCCUCACAGGCAACGAUGAGGUCAUUGGACAGGUACUAAGCACACUCAAGUCUGAAGACGUCCCUUACACAGCAGCUCUUACUGCAGUCCGCCCUUCUAGAGUGGCCCGUGACAUAGGCAUGGUGGCUGGAAGCCUAGGUCGCCAGCUGCUUCAGACUCAGGUGGCAUCACCUGCAAUCCAUCCUCCUGUGAGUUACAAUGACACUGCCCCAAGGAUCCUGUUCUGGGCACAAAACUUCUCUGUAGCAUACAAAGACGAAUGGAAAGACUUGACCUCCCUCACAUUUGGUGUGGAGAAUCUUAACUUGACUGGCUCCUCCUGGAACAACUCCUUUGCCAUGCUUUCGUUGACCUAUGAAGCACUCUUUGGCACAGCAGUGACAAUCAAGUUCAUUCUGGUUAGUCAGUUCUACCCAGUGUCUGCCCGAUACUGGUUUACCAUGGAACGACUUGAAAUCCACAGCAAUGGCUCUGUUGCCCUUUUCAAUGUUUCCCAAGUCACAGGACCCAGCAUCUAUUCUUUCCACUGUGAAUAUGUCAGCAGUCUGAGCAAGAAAGGCAGUCUUCUUGUGACUAACGUGCCCUCACCCUGGCAGAUGACUCUUCAUGACUUCCAGAUCCAGGCCUUCAAUGUGACGGGCGAACGGUUCUCCUAUGCUAGCGACUGUGCUGGCUUCUUCUCUCCAGGCAUCUGGAUGGGGCUGCUCACCUCCCUCUUCAUGCUUUUCAUCUUCACCUAUGGCCUCCACAUGAUACUCAGCCUAAAGACCAUGGAUCGCUUUGAUGACCACAAGACCCCCACCAUCACUUUGACCCAGAUAGUGUGACCUGUACCAGGGAGCGAUUGAGGGAGUGUUGGUGUCUAGGUUGUUAAGUUUCCAUCUUGUGGCACAGUGGAUGGAAGGGUUUGUCCUCUUCCUACUAUAGCAUGAGCACUACACUACCCUCAGCUUGUCUUGCUUCCUCAUUAUUCUGCUGAGGGACUUCCCUGGGGCUAUCUCCCAUGUCUACUAACAAAGUGUAUUCUUCAUAGAUAUUAGACAAAUCUUCCAGGCUCCGUCAUCAUGAGGGGAAGGGACAUUUAUUCUAGGGUCCCCUUUUUCCCCUUUCUCCUUAUUUAUUCUUCCCCCUUUGCUAUUAUCCCUUGCUGUUUAUAGUGCUUUUUAUGUAGUAACUGCUCACUCCCCAAGCUUUAUGGAGCUUCCAGCAACAGCCAUAAACUUGAGGUUCCUUGAGUUUGAAAGGUGUGGAAAAGCUACUUAACUGUCCAGCUUGGCUGGGUUUUUUUGUUUUUUUUUGGGGGGGGGGGCUGUUGUGUUAAGAAUGAGCAGUGCACUGGGGUUUAUUUAUGUGGCAUGAGAAGGAAGAGACUGCCAAGAGAUCUGGUGAGCAGAGGCUGCUCACUGGGUUUCUGACUUGUUCCCACUAGAUUGCCUGUCAAGUGCCGGGCUCAGGGGUGGGUCAGGGGGUGCACUGUUUUCUUCCUAAUAAAAUAAAGAUGUGUUGCCAUUUG